AUGCCUAAGAGAGAAGCGCUGCACUUAGUCCACUUGCCAGCUACAAGCAACGUGGCAGAGAAUUCUCCACCAGAGACUGCAGUAUACAAGUUUGCCGUGAAUUUAUCAGCAUCACUGUCACCUGUGAUCCCAGGAUUUCCCUUGAUAAUCAACUCGAGCCCCCUCACUAAGGCCUUCAAGGUGAAUGGGCUGUCAGGCACCGACUUUGAGGUUGUAACCAGUGGGAAGGAACAACUAGAUUUUGAAACAGGACCAAACAUAUUUGAUUUGCAGAUUUAUGUGAAGGAUGAUGUUGGUGUCACAGACCUACAGGUCCUCACCGUCCAGGUAACAGAUGUGAAUGAGCCGCCUCACUUUCUAGGCAACUUGGCGAAAGGUUUAGAGCUCUACAUUGCAGAAGGAAUAAACCCAGGAUUCAUUUACCAGGUUGAGGCCUUUGAUCCAGAAGAUACAAGCCGAAACAUACCCCUCAGUUAUUUCCUGAUUUCUCCCUCCAAGAGCUUCAGAAUGUCUGCUAGUGGUACCCUCUUCUCAACAACAGAAUUUGACUUUGAAGCAGGAAACAACAGUCACUAUCUCAUUGUGGAAGUGAGAGACAGCCAAGGCCUCAAAGUCUCCACAGCCCUCCAGGUGAACAUCCUGAACAUCAAUGAUGAAAUUCCUCGCUUUACCAGCCCAACACGAGUAUACAGAAUUCGGGAGGAGCUGAGUCCAGGGACCAUCGUGGCCAAUAUCACAGCUGAGGAUCCGGAUGAUGAAGGUUCUACCAGCUGCCUCCUUUACAGCAUUACAACUAUUAACAACUAUUUUAUGAUAAAUCAAUUGACUGGUACAAUCCAAGUAGCCAACAGGCUAGACCGAGAUGCACGUGAAUUAAGACAAAAUCCCACCAUUUCACUGGAAGUUCUGGUGAAGGAUAGACCCCAAGGGGGCCAGGAGAAUCGCAUCCAGAUAACCUUCAUUGUGGAAGACAUCAAUGACAACCCUGCCACUUGUAUCAAGUUCACCUUCAGCAUUAUGGUGCCUGAGAGAGCAGCCAAGGGGACCCAGCUUCUGGACCUGAACAAGUCCUGCCUUGAUAAUGACAGCGAAGCUCCGAACAACAAAUUCAACUUCACCACGCCAUCUGGAGUGGGGAGCAGCAGCAAAUUUUUACAGGAUCCAGCUGGCUCUGGGAAAAUUGUGUUGAUUGGUGAUCUAGAUUAUGAAAAUCCAAGUAGCCUGGCGUCCGGCAAUAAAUACUCCAUAAUAAUCCAAGUGCAGGAUGUUGCCCCUCCUUACUACAAAAGCAACAUCUACAUUUAUAUCCUAACAAGCCCAGAAAAUGAGUUUCCUCUUGUCUUUGACAGGCCAUCCUAUGUAUUUAAUGUGUCAGAAGUAAUGUCAGCUAGAGCCCGGAUUGGAUGGGUACAAGCGACGGAUAAGGACUUCCCCCAGAGCAGCAUUGUAUACUCCAUCUCCAGUGGAGGGGCCAGCCUCCAGCAGCCAAACAUAUUUUGGAUUAAUUCCAAGACAGGAGAACUCCAGCUAGUGACUAAAGCGGACCAUGAAACCACCCCCACCUAUAUUCUCAGAAUCCAGGCCACCAACAGUGAGGAUACAAGCUCAGUCACUGUUACUGUGAACAUCCUUGAAGAAAAUGAUGAAAAACCUAUAUGCACCCCAAACUCUUCUUUCCUGACCAUCCCAGUGGAUCUGAAAGUUGGCACAAAUAUUCAAAAUUUCAAGUUGACGUGCACUGACCUUGAUUCCAGCCCUAGAUCUUUUCGUUACUCUAUUGGCCCAGGCAAUGUCAAUAAUCAUUUUACCUUCUCACCCAGUGCUGGGUCCAACGUCUCCCACCUGUUGCUUGCAUCUCGCUUUGACUAUACUGGUAGGUUUGAUAAGAUCUGGGACUACAAGCUGCUUGUCUACAUAACUGACGACAACUUGCUGUCUGGAUGGAAGAAGGCUAAGGCUCUUGUUGAAACAGGGACAGUGACACUGAGUAUUAAAGUUAUUCCUCACCCAACCACGAUUAUCACGACAACCCCCAGGCCCAGGAUCACCUACCUGAUCCAGAGGGAAAACAUGUAUUCUUCAUCAGCGUGGUAUGUGCCUUUUGUCAUCACCUUGGGCUCCAUGUUGCUUCUGGGUCUCCUGGUGUCCCUGAUCAUCCUGUUGGCCAAAGCCAUCUACAGACACUGCCCCUGCAAGGCCAGGAAGGACAAGAAACCUCUGGUGAAGAAAGGAGAAAUGAAGACAACAAAGAGAGCCACUGUGGUGGAAACAAUCAAGAUGAACACAGUCUUUGACGGAGAAGCCAUAGACCCAGUAACUGGGAAAAUAUAUGAAUUCAACUCAAAAACUGGAGCCAGGAAGUGGAAAGCUCCAUUAACUGAAACGCCAAAAUGGAAAGAAUCCAGCCCCCAGGGAACUACUACUCACAGGGUCACUGCUGGUGAGGGGAUGGGGCCACUGAGGACCACCAACAAGGAAGGAGAUAGGCUGAGUGGGAAAGGACAGGCUGAGGAUGCAGGUGUAGGUUCCAGAAGCGAGGAUGGCAAUACUGGCACCCCCAAGAACAAAAGCUCAACCCCCACAAGCAUGGCUUCCCCUAAACCACACCCGGGAAAGUAAAUGGUGUCUGGUGGCCAGGCCCACAGCACAGACAGAGGAGAGGCAUUGACUACCAGCAGGGUGCUGCCUCACCCCAAAUUCUAUGAGGGCAGGGGUGGGAGUAGAGUAGAUGCGAAAAUGUGGGCUAAAGGGACGCAGAGAUGGGAUGUUUGACAACCCUUAAAACUGUGAUCACACAGUCACCUUUUUCUGAGACUGCACGGUAGAAAUUUCUCUCAGGUCUCAGGACUGGCUGUGCUUCUGUUGACCAGCUGGACUGUUAGCUUUUGGAUGCAGAAUCAUGCUUUCUUCUUUGCAUUGACUGCUAGGAAGCUCCAGUCAGCUGAGGCCUACCCUCGCCUCUGGUUUGAGAAACAGCAUCACCCAGAUUUCUUCACUUAUAAAUUCAGUUCAGCAACAUAAAAUCUAUACCUUUGUAAGUCACCUCGAAUCUUUCUCAAAAGUAGCAGAACAGUAGAAAAAUGGAUGAAUGAAUAAAUAAUGAGUUUUAUAUCUGGGAAGGAGAAAACAUAAUACAUACCUUUUAUUCUUUUUUAUUGAGGUAUAAUUUAUAUUCAAUAAAGUGUACAGAUCUAAGGUCUUCAGCUCGAUGAUAUGUGUACUCUGCUCCAGAGACAUCCACUAUUCUGAUCUUUAUCAUCAUAGAUUAGUUCUGCCUGUCUUGAAUUUCAUAUAAAUGGAAUCAUACAAAAUGUACUCUUUUGUGUCUGGCUUCUUUCUUUCAGUGAGACUCAUCUGCGUAUAUAGUAAUACUCCAGUCUUCUUCAUUGUUACAUCUUAUUCCAUUGUAUAACAUGAUUUAUCCAUUCUACGCUUGGGUUAAGGAGCCCUUGUGGUGCAAGCACUCAGCUGCUAGUUGGUGGUUCAAACUCAUCCAGCAGUUCCAUGGAAGAAAAACCUGGCCAUCUACUCCCAUAAAGAUUUGUUGUUGUUGUUGUUAGGUACCAUUGAGUUGAUUUUCAACUCGUAGCAACCCCAGGUGACAGUGUAGAACUGCCCUAUAGGGUUUUCUUGGCUGUAAUGUUUAUGGAAGCAAA